AGUAUCGUCAAAUCGCUGCCCGCUCCGCUGAUGCCGUCAGUGUUUGGUUUGGUUGAGUUGUUAUUUUCAUAUUUUUUGUUCGUAAAGCGACUCGCGGCUGUGAACGAUGCGGACGGUUGAAUGAUGUGCAGUGCCUUGUUCUUCGUAUCUAAAAACAUUUAAAUAUAUUUUAUAAAUAAAACAUGUUCGUUUCAUAGUUAUUAUAAUAGAACUAUUAUUGUGUUUAAAAUGUCACAAAAUACUUUGAGUGGAAAUAUGUUUGGUGUUGGUGUAAGUUUGUGGUGCGCCGUUUUGUUAAUUUUAUUAACUCUGACAAAGGACAGCGUGGAAGCCCGAGAACUGAAAAGUCCUGCGGCAGACUUCAAUCGACAUAAAAUAGUGCAGCCCAAAGUCCACCAUGGCAGAACCAAACGACAGAUAUCGUCCACCAAAGAUACGAGCGGUGCACAUCAUUCAGAACUGGAGAUGACGGUGGCGCUGGACGGAGAGGAGUACGUGCUGGAGCUGUGGCUGAACCACGACCUCAUCACGGAGGGGCACACAGUGCGCUACAAGAAAAAUGGAAAGACCGUUCUCCACAAACCUAAGAAAGAGGAUCUAGAUUUAUGCCAGUACCACGGCAUUGUUAAGGGCAAACCGAACUCUCGCGUGGCCCUGUCAACGUGUCAUGGCGUCAGGGGUAUCAUAUUCGACGGUAAAACAACGAAAUACAUUGAGCCAGCUGAAGGUGGUGAUAUCCAAUCCCAGCACUACCUGUACGAUCAUUCGGACCUGAACACCAACUUCCAAUGCGGGUACGACGGCGGUGUUACCCACAACGCCACCUACGAUCCCAUGUUGAUGAAGAAGUAUAACCAAGAGAAACAUUUGAAGCGCACCACACGCAGCGUGGAUAGGUACAAAAGACAUGCAGACGACGUGCAAGUCCGCGGCCCGUACAACGAGAACAAGCUCUCGCGGUAUGUGGAGUUGGUGCUGGUCGCCGACCACAGGGAGUUCCAGGCGAACGGGGCGAACCUCAACACCGUGCACCGACAGUUGAAGGACGUCGCCAACAUUAUCAACUCUGUGUACUCGCCGCUGAACAUCUUCAUCGCGCUGGUGGGCGUGGUGGUGUGGAACGAGGGCGACGAGAUCAAACUCAAAGAGAACGGAGACGAGACGCUCAACAACUUCCUGCACUACCGCAGGACCGUCCUCGUCGUCGACAUACCGAACGACAACGCGCAUUUGCUCACACGUCAAUCAUUCAAAGACGGCGUUGUCGGCAAAGCUCUCAAAGGGCCGAUAUGCACGUACAACUACUCUGGCGGCGUGGCGACGAACCACUCCGAAGUGAUCGGGCUGGUGGCGACGACCAUCGCGCACGAGAUGGGCCACAACUUCGGCAUGGAGCACGACUCCGAGGAGGACUGCGAAUGCCCCGACGAGAAGUGUAUCAUGAGCCCGUCUAGUACAUCGGUCACGCCGAUACACUGGUCCUCGUGCAGUCUCAAAUCGCUGGCACUGUCCUUCGAGAAGGGAAUGGAUUAUUGUCUGCGCAACAAGCCGACCCGCGUGUUCGGGUCCCCGACGUGUGGGAACGGCCUGGUGGAGCCGGGCGAGCAGUGCGACUGCGGGCGCCCCGUGCGCGGCGCGGGCGGCGUGGUGGGCGGCGGGGAGGGGGGGCGCUGCGCCGCCUGCUGCCACCCCGACACCUGCAUGCUGCGGCACAACGCCACCUGCGGCGCCGGCACCUGCUGCGACCUGCAGACUUGUCGUCCGAAGUCAGCGGGCACGGAGUGUCGCUCCGCGGACCGCGAGUGCGACCUGCCCGAGUACUGCACGGGACACUCGGAGUUUUGUCCCGACGACGUGUUCAAGAUGGACUCCACGCCCUGCGGCACCAAACACAACGAGGCGUACUGCGUGCGCGGGUCGUGUCGCUCGCACACGGACCAGUGCCGCCUGCUGUGGGGCUCCACCGGCGAGAACAGCCAUCCCAAGUGCUACUCCAUCUACAACCUCAAGGGCACCAAGAACGGUAACUGCGGCUACGAUCGUCUGAACCAGAGAUACGAGCCGUGUUCAGAGGCUGACGCGAGAUGCGGCUUGCUGCAGUGCAGGCAUCUCAACGAGCGGCUUGAGUUCGGCAUGGAGACCGUCGCCGUGCUCUCCGCUAUUUUCAUCAACAAUAAUGGCACAAUAAUACCAUGCCGUACAGCGAUGAUUGACUUGGGCCUGGGCGACGUGGACCCGGGCUUCGUUCCCGACGGCGCUAAAUGUGGAACCGAUAAGAUGUGUUAUAAACAAAGAUGCGUUCCGGUAAAGGCUGUGAUGGACGCGAUAGCCGAGGAGGAAUCCUCCGUGUGCCCCUCGAACUGUUCUGGACACGGCGUCUGCAAUUCUAAAGGUCACUGUCACUGCGAAGAUGGUUUCGCUCCACCGCUAUGCGCUUUACCAGGUGUUGGUGGGUCAUAUGACUCUGGUCCAGCCACCGAUCCUACCAUUCAACGCAACUUCAUGGUGGCGAUGUACGUGAUAUUCCUGGGGAUCAUACCGUCGAUCCUGCUCAUCAUGUUCCUCAUCUACUACUCCAGGCACAACGUGUUGUUCUGGUGGAAGAAACCAAGGAAAUCAGUCCAAUCGCCAAAGAAGGCGAGUCUGCAACAUCGUCUGUCACGCAGCGCCAGUAAAUUUGCCGCGUCGUUCCAAAACAACGGGCAAAAUAACGCUCAGCCGGUCGUCCACACGCUCUCCAACCCUGAUGACAUGAGCUCCAGCCUCCUGCGAAGCGACUCCGACCGCAGCCCUUCAGGUAACAUCAACCCUUCAGUCAACUUCUUCGGCAACUUCAAGGGGUUCUCUCUCACGCCCAUCGACAAAAACCCAGGGGAAGAGGAAAAACCAAUCAAAACUGCGCCAGAAUCGAAAAAGAGUGCGAAGAUCACUCCAGUCCACAGGAGCAGCAGUAACAGCCAGAGUGUGGUAGUGAACCAGGUGGUACUGAAGCCGGUGCUGCGGAGUGCGCCACCGCUGCCAGUGGUGCCCGACACCACCAGCACCACAAGCCCUACCACCAGCCCUGCCGUCAAGCGCACCAACAGCACCGUGCAGAACCGCAUCAAGGCCUUGAUGACCAGCGAGAAGGCAGAAGACGUCACGCAAACUGCCAAUCCACCGCCCAGACCGGUCAUAUCAAGUCCUAUACUCGAAGCGUCCACGUGCACAGCAAAGGAACUGAUAUCACCCUUACAGGGGUCAAAAACUCUGGGUCCUAUAAGAGCGGCCCCCACUGUUCCAGUCGCGUCGCCAAAUUUCCCGAAACGUCCUGUCAGCAUGCACUCGGCAAGCAGUGUGCCUCAGAAACCAUUGCCCGAAGAGCCAAAAAAAGUUAAAGAGGGCAUCUCGCUGAAUCGCAUAGCUUCGUUCUUGAAGCAGGACAAGCCAAAAGAAAAAGAGAGGAACUCGGUUGAAAGGAGUCACUCGCUGCCCAAAAACUCUAACAAUCAAGUGAAGAUUGCGAAGUCUGACAAGGUAGCACUUCGCAACUUACAAAUAUCUAAUCCCAUUUUACAAAAAGAGAUUGAAUUACCGGUUAAUACUGUGCCUGUUGUGUCGGAUUCUGAAGAUGGUGACGAUUCUAAGGCUUUUGUGAACCGCGCGCAAAGUAUGAGAGCGCCCGUUGGUCAGAAGCCGGCUAUUCAAAGUUUCGGAUCUGUGAGGCAGGCUCCGGGGACUACAAGACCUGUCUCUAUUGUAGGCAGGCCGACUGCCCCACCACCGCCUCUGCCGAACCAACCUAAUGAGUUGAAUCACCCAAGCCAAGCUCAUCAAAAGUCUAACGACACAAAAUCUGCAGACUAUGUCGACUGCAUAGAGGAGAAGCAAGCACCUCUCGCCGACAUUAACGAAGAAUCCACUGAUAAUAUCUAUGCUACUAUCGAGGAGAGUCCAAUUAAACAUUCUAAACCAUUGCCUAGUGUUCCGAUUCCCACAAAAACUGCCCCACAGCCUCCCCCAGAAGGUUACAUUGCCCCUAAGGCCGUCACCACCAACUCAGGCAGUUCGGAAAGCAUGGGCUUGCUUGGUGAGAUUGUUAACGAAAUACAAAAUCGUAACUUUGAUUCUAUAUAUUCUACAUCGACACUGGCCAGAAAGAAGGAGAAGGAACGACGGGAAAGGGAGGAGAGAAACAGGGACAGCACGUAUAUGAACUCCGAUCACUAUCGGGCGGAGAGCAUUUACAGUAACUCAGGAGCAAAGUCGAACGCUUCGACGACGAGCAGCGGAUAUUUGCACCCCUCCGCUGUCAAUGUACCGACGUAUAUGAAAAAGGAUGAAGAAGAGACGAAAGAAAGCGAAAAAUCCCCACCAUCGCCCACGUUGAAGGGUCCUAAUUCGAAAAUACCAACGUUUUCGAGACAAGUGACGCCGCCGGGGCUUAAAAACACAAGUACGUUUCGAAAUGUUCCGCCGUCGCCGAAAAAUAACGUUAAAAAUAUCAAUUUGACGGCGAGAGCGAUAUCGAACAGUCCUGACGUUGUGUCAAGCUGUACGGUGCCCGACACAAAGAAUAUCAAGGCUCCAGACGUAAUAAAUAAUAAUAAAAUAACUAACGAAACGCCCAAAGUAGCUGUUAAGCCGUCCGUGACCGCUAAAGCAAACGACAACCGACCGCCGCUGAGACCGGCGCCUACCGUCGAAAAAAAACCUACCACUAAAACAACACCGCCGUUAAAACCUGUGAAUUCAUCCACAAAUAUGAACAAACAAAUAGAUAAAAAUCCGACCAUAAAUCGUGCCAAUUCUAAAGUAGAUUCUAAUGUUAAGGCGAUAGCGGACAAUUUAAAUAAGAAUAAACCCAAGGUCGUGCCGAAACCCACGGCCAUAGUGAAUAAAACUGAAUCAACCACCAAACCCAACGCAACGAAGCUGACAUCAAAACCGUCUAAUGUUGCCAGCCUACAACAAAAAUUCGAAAAUAGGAAAUCUUUAGGCAAAGAAAUUACUGUAGCAAAAAAAUAAUUUUAUGAGUACGCUAGAAAUUAUUUUACAUUAACCUAUUAUUAAUUUAUAGAAUUUUCUAGUCGAUAAUAAAAAUAAACUGAGAAUUAAUUAUUUUUGAUGAGCCAAUGGAGUAACGAUUUGGUUCGAGCAAAUCGAUAAUUGCUAUACAACAGACAUAUGAUGAACAUACGAAUUGUAAAAGUGUUCAUAUUUUGAUAUUGCAGUACAUUUUGACGGAUAGACGAACGUAUCAUUUGUAAAAAGUUAGAUGUGUACGUGUAUUAUAGAUAGGAUAUUAAAGUGUGGUUUUCACUUGUUUAUUUUAUCAAUUUACUUUGACUAUUUUAAAUAAUUUCUUCGGGACGCCAUUUUGAGGCUUGGCCUUAUUCUCGCAACUAUAACAUGCAGUGGCGGCCUUAAACGAUGCGAGGCCCCAGGAAAAAACAAAAAAAACACUCGGGGUUCAGGGCGGAGCAAGAAAAAAGGUCCUCCAAGCACCGCGCGAGGCCCCGCGCGGUUACUCGGUUCGCUUUCUCCUAGGGCCGCCUCUGAUAAUAUAAAUAAACAAGUAAAACCCAUACGUUCCGCAUAAGAGAUCUCUGUAAAUAUCUCCUCUUUUAUUCCCUUAAUUGAUUUAAAUAUCAAGUGUCUUAUACUAGCGUACAUAAUAUAAUAUAACGUUUGAUUUGUAUUUUUAUAAAGAUUAUAUUAGCUGAUGUUUGAGAAUUUGUAUAGUAUAAUAUGUUGUGUGCGAGAUUCCGACUAUUUUAUGAGGCGGGGUACAACUCCGCGUGUGGAUUGUAUAGAAUAUAAAAGUAUUCGGAUACGCAAUCGACUUAAAUAUUUAUGUACAUAGCAAAUUAUAUUUUCUACUUAACAUUUUGCUGUUGCCUUUUUAGCGAUUUUCAGGAUCUAUAUUUUGCAUUAUCAUUACGAAAUAAAAAUAUUGAUUUAUGGAUACUGAAAUACGUAUUAAAAUUUCAAUAGCCAGGAUUUUACGUAAAAUGGUUUGAGUCAAUUAUGACAUAAUAUAGAAAUAUAAGCGAUUGUGUAUCUGAAACACUUGAUGACCUUACUGGGCAGCUGGUGCUUUCGGCCCUAUAGCGGUAUGUACAUUCAAGUAUUCGGGAGUUAUUGACAGCUAAUGAGUCAAAUUGAAAUAUACUCCUUAUUCCUAUAGCAACAGGACCUAUAAAUUUGACUAUAUCUCUAUAUUCUCCUUUCUCUCUGCCUCUUCCAUCAGAGCCGUUAUAAUAACUAAAGCUAUGGGUUCGCUUAUAUGAUCCCCAUGAAAAUUGCAACGGCAAUCAAGAAAAAGGUUUACAGAACUGAGACAGCUUUUGAUGGCCAACACUGACUUUCAUCGAACAAUUUUAUUUAAAUCAUCCUCAUAAUUAGACAAGGUGCUAGAGCAAUAUGCUUUCUAUACAGUUUCAAAAUAAUUUCAUUUACAAGAAAAAGUAUUUUAUUAUUGCGUAAUAAGGUCUUAUUUAGCUUUCACGCAACAUUAGACUCGUUUUAUAGCAACACUUAAAAGUGUUACCAGAUCGUGUAUUUUUAAUAGUUUAUACAAUAAGUGACCAUUUCGUUGUGAACUACUAUCGUUGAUAUGUAUAAGUCAGGAAAAAAUGCAAUAAAUAGUUUAUUUGUAUGUUAAUAAAUAGAUGCAUAAUUCGUCCAUAGUCGUAACGUCACUGCCAUUACAGCUUGGUACAAAAUGUGGUGCUGAAUUGUCGCAAAGUAUAGAUACAAUAUGUACCUAAAAGUUGAUUCGUAGUUCGAUUGUUAACUUACAAUAAGCGUCGGUAAUAAUUGGCUGUAUCAAGCGCGUUGUCUUUGAAUGCCAUCAUUCAGUAUUUUACGAAAAAUAAUAGAACAAGUUUCAUACAAAAUAUGAAAGAAGUUGGCAUAGAACGAUCGCGCAUGAUUCAAGGUUAACUAAAUACCUAAGGAAUACAGAUAGCAAACAGUGAUUUAUAAGUGAGAAAAAUGGUAUUUAGGUAUAUUUUUGUAAAUUAUUCUCUAUAAUUAUCCGUGCUUGAUUACAACCCUUUGAUGUUGAAAUGUUUGUAAAAAGAACUAUAUGGGUCACAUAUACCCAGGUUAGUAAAAUAUAAAGUAUAAUAUAUACAAUUUAUACAUGAUAUGACAUUAUUUUUACAGCUAACUCUUCACUAUUUUACAAAUUACUCAACUGCAAGGGGUUCCAAAUAUAAUAAUAUUACAAUAUUACAUCGAACAUAAGAAAUAUGUAGUGAUUGUGAUUAGAUAUAUAGAGAAUUAAAUCGAGAAAGUGUUGCUUGGAUAUGAUAGCAGUUUUUGUCUUUAAUGGAUUUCUUCACAUACUUUCCAAGACUGAUUUCGCCAGAUAUUUCAUUUUACUAAGUAUCUUGUAAUUCGUAUUGGCAUAUUUCCUAUCAGGGUAUUUAUAAAGAUGAUAGGUAGAGGUAUAAAGAUUGAUUUUAUCUUCACAGCCGGUUCUUAGGCAGGUAAUCCUUGCAAUUUGGAGACUCCAAUUUUUGGUAUCAAUUUGUGGCACUACAGACAACGCUAUACAUCUUAACUAAUUUACUUAUUGAGCUAAGUUUAGACAAGCAAGUUCUCUCAGCAAUAUAUUGUGCAAGAACUUUUAAAUUGAUGUGUUUACACUAGUGGGAACAUAUCAAUAAUUAUAUAUACAUGGUCGCGAGUCCUGCAAACUUUGCAGAAGCCACCAUACCUUGACUAUUCACAGUAAAAAUAGCUUGCGGAAGAUGUGAUUACUUUCCUUGGUUCAACAAUAUUAGUCUGAUCAGAUUUGAGAACCACCCCUAGUGGCGAAAAAUCAAUGUCUACUUCCAUCUCAAUAUCGGAACAAACUGUGGCGCUAAUGGAUACUGUUAUGUUUGAAAUAAGUAUAAGUACUGGAUUUUUUUAGCUACACUGUGCUUGGUAAAUUACCCUGGUAGCAAACGUGUCGAUAUUGAAAAUUUCGUUUAUGUGUUAUAUUAUCCACUAAGGGUUGGACUGGAAUUGUUGCAAUUAUGAAAUUAGAUCCGCUAUAUCUUUGAUGUUUGUAAACAAGUAUGUAGUUAUGUCACCUAUUCUACAAUUUUAAGUUUAAACUGUUGUCAACUGUAAUGAUGCAUAAAUCUCUUGAUUAAUUAUUGGUUUUAUAACGUAAUGAGAUAUUUUAAAACAUACAUUUUGUAUAUUUUCUCUUAAAUGUGCGCAAUUAAUUCUUUCCUUUGUAUUCCGCUCGUUGUUAUGUGAUUUUGUAUCUACCGACUUAAAAGCCAACUCAUCCUUUGGAUUUAUAAAUUGCAAAUGUGUAUAAAGUGCUUUUACUUCUUUAGCUUUUGUUUUAAAUUUAUUGUGAUAUAAAAACUGCGUAGCACGUGAAUGCAAAGUACAUUAAACAUAAAAUACAACCAAAGAUUCGUAUUUUUUUCGUGCGACAAUGACGUAACAUCUUAGUCUAGAUUGUUUUUAAUUUUUUAUGGCAAUUAUCUUCUUUGUUAUAUUUAGGUAGCUUUUAUUCUAAUUGCAAGACUGUAAAACAAAAUUUAAUUAUAUAUUUUUUGCACUUAAGUUAGAUAAGACAUUACGAUAAGAAUAUUAUGUUGUCGUAUACAAUUUAAUUAAAGAAGAAAUGAGCAUUAAAUACACUGUUUAAUUUA